GGAGCGCAGCUCGCCUGCACAGCCCCGGAGCUCAGCAUGCGUCCUGCAGCCAUCAGGAACUUCUUGCUGCUGGCCUCCUCCCUUCUCUUCGCGGGGCUGUCAGCUGUUCCUCAGAGCUUCUCGCCAUCUCUGAGAAUUGGGCCGGGUGCAGCGUGCAGGCUGUCCCGGGCCGAAUCGGAGCGCCGGUGCCGCGCGCCCGGGCAGCCCCCAGGGGGCGCUCUGUGCCAUGGCCGCGGCCGGUGCGACUGCGGGGUCUGCAUCUGUCACGUGAGCGAGCCCGGCGUGUUCUUCGGGCCCCUGUGCGAGUGCCACGAGUGGGUGUGCGAGACGUACGACGGGAGCACCUGCGCAGGCCAUGGUAAGUGUGACUGUGGCAAGUGCAAAUGUGACGAAGGAUGGUUUGGGGAUGCCUGCCAAUACCCAGCUCACUGUGACCUGACAAAGAAAAAGAGUAACCAAAUGUGCAAGAAUUCUCAAGAUGUCAUCUGCUCUAAUGCAGGUACAUGUCACUGUGGCAGGUGUAAGUGUGAUAAUCCAGAUGGAAAUGGCCUUGUUUAUGGCAAAUUUUGUGAGUGUGAUGAUAGAGAAUGCAUAGAUGAUGAAACGGAAGAAAUAUGUGGAGGCCAUGGAAAGUGUUACUGUGGAAACUGUUACUGCGAGGCUGGUUGGCAUGGCGAUAAAUGUGAAUUCCAGUGUGAUAUCACCCCCUGGGAGAGCAAGCGAAGAUGCACAUCUCCAGAUGGCCAAAUCUGCAGUAACAGAGGGACUUGUGUGUGUGGUGAAUGUUCUUGCCACGAUGUUGACCCAACUGGAGACUGGGGAGAUAUUCACGGGGACACCUGUGAGUGUGAUGAAAGGGACUGUAGGGCCGUCUAUGACAGAUACUCUGAUGACUUCUGUUCAGGUCACGGACAGUGUAAUUGUGGAAGAUGUGACUGCAAAGUAGGCUGGUUUGGGAAAAAGUGUGAGCACCCACGUUCCUGCCCACUGUCAGCAGAGGAGAGCAUCAGAAGGUGCCAAGGAAGCUCGGAUCUACCUUGCUCUGGAAGGGGUAAAUGCGAAUGUGGCAAGUGCACCUGCUACCCUCCGGGAGACUCCAGGGUGUACGGCAAGACGUGUGAAUGCGACGGCCGCCGCUGUGAAGGCCUGGACGGCACGGUCUGUGGGGGCCACGGCACGUGUUCCUGUGGUCGCUGCGUGUGUGAGAGAGGCUGGUUCGGGACGCUCUGCCAGCACCCGCGGAAGUGUAACAUGACGGAGGAACAAAGCAAGAGUUUGUGUGAAUCAGCAGAUGGCAUAUUGUGCUCGGGGAAGGGUUCUUGCCACUGUGGGAAGUGCAUCUGCUCUGCUGAAGAGUGGUACAUUUCUGGAGAGCUCUGUGACUGUGACGACAGGGACUGUGACAAGCACGACGGCCUCAUUUGCACAGGGAAUGGAAUAUGUAGCUGUGGAAGUUGUGAAUGCUGGCGCGGAUGGAAUGGAAAUGCGUGUGAGAUCUGGCUCGGCACAGACUAUCCUUAAUGACCCCGUGGGACAGGACUGCAUUCUUAUGUUUGUAGGCCAUUAGGACACAUAAACGCAAAGGAAACCAUGUAUAAUCACCACUAGGACAGGUCAAAUAGACUAUUGCAUGUUUUUCUAUUUCUGAAUGCCUGAGUGACGGCUGGGCACCCAUUAAAAAACAAGUUAGGCAAAAAUCUGAUGUAAGUAAGGCCAGAAAGAAUUUUUCCUCCAGAAUUUACACCUGUGGUUCUCAACAAGGGUGACUUUGCCACCUCAGAAAACAUUUGGUGACGUCUGCAGAUAAUUUCGAUUGUCACACUGGGUGGGCUGGCAGGGCAUGCUACCGGCCUCUAGUGCAUGGAGGACACAGAUGCUUCUACGAACAUCCCACGGGGCACAGGACAGCCCCAUGACAAAAAGUUCUCUGACUCCAAAUGUCAAUAGUGCCGGAGUUGAGAAACACUGAAUUACAUGGUGGUUAGAAAGGCCACAAAAAAAGUGGUCACAAAAAAAACCACAUUUGAAUCUAAGGAAAAGAUAUAUCCUCACAUAAAUCCAUCCAUCAUAUUUUUUCAGAUUCCUUAUCACUCAGCAUUUCCAUUUGGAAUCAGUAAAGACAAACAGGCACAAGGGCUAGUGUCGGGGGUGCUAAAGGCUGGAUCACCAGUGCUUUUUAAAGAAGAAGACUGGUCAGGUUUAGCCAGUAAGUCAUGCGUCUGGUCUCACUUUAAAUUCACAAAAGAAGAUUUCCUUAUGAAGGAAGUAUGAAAAGUGUACAAUUUAACAUUUUUAAUAAAUAGUGACGUUAAGUUGCUUACAAUCUGUGUCAAUAUAUAUUUACCUACUGAUGAUUAACAACAACAACAACAACAAAAUGAAUUGGUAUUCAGGGGCACCUUCUGUUACUAGAUCAUUUUGUAAACUGGGCAGGGAGGGGUUAGGUGUAAAAGGAAUUUGAUUUCUCACUAUUUUAAAUUGCGUCAUGGUAACUUGCCUUUUAGAAAGAAUAUCUAAUUGGACAUAGGAUGGGCCUGAAAUAUGCAUUCAUUUCCCUUAAAAUAUUCUUAUUUCUAAGCAUACAUUAUUUACUGAAAAAGCAUCAUGCAAAGAAGUCAAGAAGAGAUACUGUGAUCAAAUGGCACCAGUCUCAAAGCUCAGAGGAUAAAAAAAAAAAAUCUAGAAAUGUCUUAAGUAGAAAUUACAAAUAUUCACUCAGCGAUAGGAACAAAAUGUUUAUUUUCUUAAUGGUGAAAUUUUGCUCUGUAUGAAAUUCACAUUGAAUUAUGAAAAUGUACAAUAAUUAGGACUUCCCUUACAUAUUUACAGUUAAAUCUACUUACACACAUUAGUUUAGGCAACCUUUAAUUAUUUGGAGCUAAAAAAACCCACUUUUUUUCUAAAUGUGAAUUAUAUUUUGUAAAAUCCUAGAGUAAUGUAACAAAAUCAUUUCCGCAUUGUUUAAGAUGAAAAUUUUUACUUGGAAAUUUUACUUGAUGAUGUAAAUAUCCUAGAGUCAUGGCUUGGACUUUAUUAAGUCAAAUCACCAAAAAAUAAGGAAAAUAUGCAUUUGCCGAGUUACUUAAAAAUUUAAUAUUGAAAGUUAUUUAAGAGAAAAUUUAUCUGAUGCUGACUUUGAUAGUACUAAUAGUGUUCUCAUACUUUAAUAGAUUUAUAAAAUUGUUAUCUCUAUCCUGAGAUGAUGGAAGUGCAACCAUAUUAGUUGUAUCUCUAUUAUUGAGUAUGUCCGUUGAUAUAUCAGUUUUGUAAAACGAGGGAAAUAUAAGCAGUUCAGAAAUCAUAUAGAUGAUAUUCUUUCCUCCUCUCUCUCUAAUCAUUUUUAGCCUCAAACAAACAUAUUGUAAUUAUUCAGUAGCAGUUUUGAUGACCGGACGAUGUGCAAUCAUCAGAAUUCACUACAUCACGCACACUGCAGAACUCUGCUUUCCAUAAAGGACCAGUUAGUCAAUACUUUAGAUUCUGUGGGCCACUGACCUCUCUGUUGCGUGUUCUUCUCUGUUUGUUUUUAACACUUUAGAACUAUAAAAGGAAAAACGGAACACUCAUUCUGAGCUCCUGGGCCAUACAAAAACAGACCGCAUGCUGGAUGUGGCUCCCAGCUGAGCAGUAAGUAGUUUGCCAGCCAUGUUCUACUGGAGAUGCCCUUAAUUCAUUCCCUUUGUCUUAUCCUGUAUUCCUGGGUGCGUCUUAGUUUUCUCCUAACUCCCUCUGUUUGUUAUCCCUUUGUAUUAACAACUAAAAUGAAAGGGCUUCAAUUUUUAUGUUUUCAUGUAAGGAAAAUGUCCUCAGCAUGUAUGGUUUUUUUUUUUUUUUUGAGAAAAGGUUUCAAUAUGGAGAAAUUAUUAUACUAUGAAGAUUGAAAUGUGAUUUGUCCAAAUUUUUUGACAAGGCUGAAAAUACAGUCAGCUAUAUUCCGGGUUCAUUUAGCUACAAAUUAUUGAACCAAAACUGAGUGAUAGCCUAAGUCACAUGGUACCUAAUCUCUAAGGAAUAUUUUUCUUUUAAAACAGAAAUAUUUUCUUUUUACUUCUUUCUGUCUGCUAUAUUUCAUAUGUGUGUAUGUGAUUUUGACUCUAGCAAUGCAAACAUCAAUAGAUAUAUUAAGAAGUUAUUUAAUUUACAUGUUUAAAUUGGUAAAAAUAAAAUAUAGUUACAUGUAAAGACGUAAAUCCUACCCUUCUUCAAUGUGAUUUUGUAUUUUGACUUUCAAUCCCGUUACUAAGAUAAAAACUCCCUCUUUCAAACAAAGGCAGGGCAGGAACCAACUUGUAACGGGUGAAAGGGGAAAUGUGCGAAUCUCUUCGGCUUGUUCGAGUUCCUGUGACAGGGAGAUUAACGUCAGUUGGGAAGGGAUGUGACAGGACACGUUUGCUGCUGCUGUUGGCACGCACCAUGCUUGUUGGCAAACCAUCACCGAGGAAUUCUUCCCCAAGGACUUUUCAAUAUAAUUCGAAUUGGGUCCUAAGACCCAAGAGGACAUUUUACCCCAUUUUCUCCCUGCACCCUUCAGCUAAUCCAAAUGCCUGCAGCACCUUGAAAGGAACGGCCUCCACCACGUCAAAUACAAACACAAUCUCUGCCAGCAAACAUCGGGAUUAGACCGAAUGAUACAGAAAACUGAGAACAAAUCAAAACAAAUCACAACUCAGCCUUUGUUUGCAGACUCCCUGUCAAAACUUUGAAGCCCUACUCAGUAUCCAAGGGUCCACGGGCCCUGUGUAACCCCCUUGUAAGCUAAGAAACUUAAGCUGGGAAUUGUAUUUUUCUCCAAAGCGAUACAGUUCUCAUCCGGAUGUUGGUAUAUCGGCAUUUAGCCAAUUGCUUUCCCUGGAAAUAGUCUUGUUCUGAAAUAAAAUUGGAAAUAGUUUUCAAUUAUUUUCUUUCUUUCUAAAACGGAACUCUUAGUCAAUCUCUCCCUGAAGCAUUAGUUCUCUCUGUAAUAUUAGGACUAAAACCUUAAGUGAAGCGAUACGCACGUUCUAACUUAAGGAACAAGACGUUUUCGUUGUUUGUUUGGGUUUGGUUUGUAAAAGAAAACCAAAUCUAACAUUGGUCAUCUCGAAAACAUCUGAUUGUUUUAAUGCUUUAGGCAUUAAUUGAGCAACUGGGCAGGUGUGCUAAAACUACUCCCUCUGCUCACUCUCCAGGAGGUAAAUAACGAGAAGGAUUCCCCAGGAGGUAAUGAGAAGGACUGCAGCAGGAGUCUUGCAGGCCCCAUGUGGAGCUCCUAACGCCACCUCCUACCCCAAAACCCUCCGGGCGAGCACACAUUUAGAGCAAGGAUCUCUAACGUCUGCAGGAUUUGUAAGGACAUGUUGCUCGGUCCCAUUUUACUCUUUACAUAGGGUGCACCACCUGCAUUGCUUCUGCAGUUUUUCCAAGUAAAGUUGUAGCAAAACAUUGUAGAAAGCAAACUUAAAAUAAAACCGGUGUCGCCUGGAAUAUUAAAACAAUGAACAUUCCCGAGCAUUGCUGAGGGAUGGGUGAAGCCAUCAGCUACCAUAACAGAUCAGUAGAAAUAACCCUCCCCUACCAGAUAUGCAUGCAAAAGGAAUGUGACAUUAGAGAGACUCGAUGCAAUUGACAUAUGUACAUGGAGGUACAAAACACAGUCUGUAGAUACAAAUGAAUUCCAUCGGAUUUACUAUACAGAACAUUGAUAAUGACAGACUGCACUUAUUUAAUAACAGCAAACUUAAUUUUUGAGGGGAAAACUGGUGGAGUCUUAUCCCAGAAAAAUAGCAAGAGAGGUAUCAUCAAAGAGCUAAAAUUUUCUUUGGCAUGGUAAAGGGGGAAAUUGAGUGUACCAACUUAUUUACAUGAUAUUUCUCUAUAUUUGUGGGUGAAGCGAUGCCAUUUUGUUACAUAAAGUUGUUUGAUGUUUUGUAAUAUGCCUUCAUAUCAAUAUUUUAUUCAGUAUGUUGUAUGUGUGAAUACAACAAAUGGUAUUAAACACAGAAACUGUACAAUGCAGACAAACUCUUUGUAUGUAAAUUGAAUAAUACAUACCACAGUUCUUGAUACGUAGGUCCUACUACAUGCAGUUCACCAGUGCUGUCCUUGUCCCAUGCAACAGGUGAGACCAGACACAGAGGAAACGGUCUAAUUUACAAAUAACAAGGACCCGUCUGCAAUAUGUCUAAACAUAUAUUAGAAGAAAGUAUUUGACAUCCAUUCAUAGGGAUAAAUGCCCUUAGAGACAACUCAUAUAAAAAACAAAACAGAGAUGCACAUUUACAUAAGUCUCAGUCAUUUACAAAAAUAAAUCUUGUCUUAAUUUUAACCAAUUAACAG